AUGCAACUACGGGGCCACGCAACCCCGGGGCCACACGACCACACAGGGCCACGCAACCCGCAGGGCCACCUGACCACGAGACACACAUUGCCGGCCACGCAACCACUGGGCCACACCACCACUGGGCCCACGCAUUAUAACUGGCCGCAGGCCAUGCCUUCCCGCACGGGCCACGCGAACCACGUGCCACACCACGGGGCCACACGACCACACGGGGCCACGCAACCACGGGGCCAACACCGACCUCGUAAGCCACAUGCAACCACCGGGGCCACGAUCACCACCACGGGCCCGCAAACCACGGGACCCACGCAACCACGGAGGCCACGCAUGACCACAGGGCCACACAACCACACGGGGCCACGCAACCACGGGGCCACACAACCACACGGGGCCACGCAACCACGGGGCCACCACGACCCACCACGACGUGCGGGGCCACACGACCACACGGGGCCACACAACCACGGGGCCACGCAACCACAGGGCCACGCAAUCACGGGGCCACACGACCACACGGGGCCACGCAACCACGGGGCCACACGACAUGCAGGGCCACGCAACCACAGGGCCAUUAUCGGGCCACGCAACCACGGGCCACACGACCACCACCAGGGCCCACGCAACCACGAGGCCACAGCCUGCAGACCCACGCAACCACGGGGCCACGCAACCACGGGGCCACGCAACCACGGGGCCACACGCAACCACACAGGGCGCGAACCACGAGGCCACCACGACCACACGGGCCACGCAGAAAUCAUGCCGGGCCACACGGCCACGGGGCCACGCAACCACGGGGCCACGCAACCACGGGGCCACACGACCACAUGGGGCCACGCAACCACGGGGCCACACGACCACACGGGGCCACGCAACCACAGGGCCACACGGGGCCACGCAACCACGGGGCCACACGACCACACGGGGCCACACGACCACACAGGGCCACGCAACCACGGGGCCACGCGGCCACGGGGCCACGACUGCGAUCAUGCGACUCACGCAGGGGCCACGGGCCUCGAGACCCAUGAGGUGCUGCUGACCCUCAAGAAGCCCAAGGGCCAGGAGGAGGCCCCGUUCCUGGUCUUCCACGCGGCUCACCUGGGCACCAACGCCAAGGUCAGGAGGUACGACACGUGCGCCACGACCUUCAUCAAGAAGAUCUCCGUGAGGUGCCUGGAGUUCAAAGGUCAGCGCUCUGUGCCCGGCGGUGACCCGGCGGUGACCCGACGCAUGGCACUGAGCUCGCUGAGCCUCGUCAGCUCCUCGGUGGAGCCCGGCGCCGAGCUGCUCAGAGUGCAGUACCUCAAGGCGGACCGCGCCGGGCCCGGCUUCAGCUCCGUCUACAAUAACACGGAGCAGAUGAUCAACGUGACGUUCACCUCUCUCGACCUCGUGCUCCACACUGAGGCUCUGCUGUCAGCCAUCAGCUUCGUGUCGGCGGCGCUCCCGCCCGGCAGAGCGUCGUCUGAGGAGCGAGGGAGCGGCCCCCGGGCGGAGGAGGAGGAGUCCAGUCCUAUGAGUGGCGUCUCACCUAGGCUCCGCCCCUCAGGACGCUCCUGGCAGGAGGUGAACUCUGCUUCUUGUUUCCCGCCAGCCGCCCCGGCGUCCCCUGCAGGAAGUGAGGUCAUCGAGCUGAAGGUGGUGAUGACGCUGGGAGCCUUCGGCGUCCUGCUGUGCGACCGCAGCUGCAACAUGGCCGACAUCAAGAUCCAAGGUGUCCACGGCGCUCUGCUGGUGCAGGGAACGCACACUCAGGUGUCCGCCCGCCUCCGGGACUUCAUCGUCCUCAACGCGGACCCCCACAGCGUCCACCGCAAGGCGGUCUCCAUCGUGGGCGACGAGGUGUUCAGCUUCAACGUGAGUCUGACUCCGAACGCCACCGAGGGCGCCGGCUACAGCGACACCUCCAGGACGGACGGCAGCGUCCGGCUGAGCGUGGGCUGCAUCCAGGUGGUCUACCUGCACAAGUUCAUCAUGUCUCUGCUGAACUUUACGAACCACUUCCAGGCGGCGAAGGAGGCGCUGGGCGCCGCCACGGCUCAGGCGGCGGAGAAGGCGGCGUCCGGCGUCCGCGGCCUGGCCCAGAAGAGCUUCCGCCUGGCCGUGGACGUGAGGCUGCAGGCGCCGAUCAUCAUCAUCCCCCGGUCCUCCACCUCCCAUGAUGCACUUGUGAUGGACCUGGGUCUGAUCACGGUGGGGAACAGCUUCUCCCUGCUGCCGGUGGACGGGUGCCCGCUGCCGGCCGUCGUCGACAACAUGGACGUCGAGCUGACGCAACUCAAACUCUCCAGGGGCUGCACCGACCCCGAGGCCCGGAGACCCCCCACAGAGCUGCUGCAGCCACUCAACCUGCACCUCAACCUCAAGAGGAACCUGGCAGCCUCCUGGCACAAGGACAUGGUCCCCGUGGAGAUCACUGGAGAUCUAAAGCCCAUGAAGGUGGAGCUCAGUCAGGACGACCUGACGAUGCUGCUGAGGAUCCUGAUGGAGAACCUGGGGGAGGCCAGCAGUCUGGAGGCCAGCGCCCCGAGAGCGGAGGCCGGUCUGCAGGGCCCCGCGGCCGGAGGCCCCCGAGCAGGAGCUGUUGGACCUGUCGGCUGUGAAGAGGAGGAGGAGGAGGAGACCCUGAGGUUCACCUUCAACAUCGAGUCUCUUGGUCUGGUUCUGUACAGCAACGACCCCCAACAGCCCUCCCCCCCCACGCGGCAGCAGCACCUCCGUCUGGGCGGGUUGGCGUUCCACCGGCUGCGGGCCUCGGGGUCGCUGCAGAGCGGCGGCGGCGUGGCGCUGAGCGCGGCGCUGAGCAGCUGCACGCUGGACGACCUGCGGAGCGGCGUGCAGAGGGUGACCUCCAGGAUGGUGGGUCGGCGGGACCGGGCCAGCGCCGAGCCGAUGGUGGACCUGAGCUACCGGCAGAGCGCCGGGCGCCGCGAGGCGGCGGCGGUGCUGCAGGCGCCGUACCUGUGCGCCAGCGUGGAGUUCCUGAUGGCCGUCGCCGACUUCUUCCUGAAGGCGUUGCCCCCGAGGCCGGCCCCCUCGGCGCCGCUGAGGCCGACCGCCGGGCCGCGACCCGAGGCCCAGACCGGCCCCAGGGUGAGGACCCGUCUGCGGCUGGUGGUGCUGGACCCGGAGGUGGUGUUCGUGGCCAGCCUGAUGCAGGCCGACGCCCCCUCCCUCGUGGCCUCCUUUCAGUGCGACUUCAGCCUGCAGGCCGAGGAGGACGGGACCCAGAGCGCCAGGGCCCACCUCCGGGAGCUGAAGGUCCUGGCCUGCCCCUUCAUCCGGAGCCGGGAGGACGAGGCCGUGACCACGGUGCUGAGGCCCUGCUCCGUGGCCCUGGAGGCCAGAACCCACCCGGACCGGCCCCUGAGCGGCUCCGUUGUGGUGGAGGAAGUCAUUGUCAAGAUCUCGCCCUUCAUCCUCAACGCGGUGCAGAGCAUCACGGCCGCCAUGACGGCGGAGCAGAGCGGCGAGCAGAGUCGGGAGGCCGAGGCUGACCUCGGCGACCUCUGGUCCGCCAUGAACCUCUACAGCUGCAACUACUGGUUCCUGGGCGUGGACCGGGCCCCUGAGGCCACCGAGAGCCUCGGGGAGCCGGGCGGCCGCCAAGAGGGCCAGAGCUUCACGGCGGAGGUCAAGGUGGUCCAGGUGACUCUGGAGUCCGGUCUGGGCCAUCGGACGGUCCCUCUGCUGCUGGCCGAGUCCUCCUUCAGCGGAUCGGCCACAAACUGGUCCUCUCUGCUGCAGCUCCGAGCCAACAUGACCCUGGAGGUGAACUACUUCAACGAGCUCCAGGCCGUGUGGGAGCCUCUGAUCGAACGGGUGGACAGCGGCCGGCGGAGGUGGACCCUGGAGCUGGAGAUGAAGAACAACCCGGUCCAGGACCAGAGUUCGGUCCACGGGGACGACUUUGUCUUCCUGCCAGAACCCCGGACCUUCAUCAGCGUCUCCUCCAAGGACACCUUGAACAUCACGGUGUCACAGAGCAGCCUGCAGGUGUUCCACCACCUGGCCCAGGCCUUCUCUGGCUCCAGGGCCUCGUCCUGUGCCUACUCCCUGAAGGAGAAGGCCCCCUUCAGCAUCAGGAACUGCCUGGGCGUCCCUCUGUUCCUGCAGCUGUCCCCCAGCCUGAGGCCGGCCGGGCCCCCAGCCGGGCCCCCAGCUCAGGGGACGCUCCUCCAGCUGCCGGAGGACGGGAGCCUGGACCUGGAGUUCUGCUCCAGCCCGGCGUCACACGGCAAGCUGUCAGCUCUACAGCGGCAGGAGAGCGGCCUGUUCCACCUCACCAUGGUCCCCUCUGGCUACAGCGAGGUGGCCGACGUGUCUCUGGACUGGCCGGGCCGGCGGCUCUACGCGGCGCGCGGCGCGGUGCGGCGGGAGUCGGUCUCCGUGCUGCUGCAGGUCGACGUCGUCGAGGGCAACAAGGUGGUCACCGUGCGCUCGCCGCUGCAGAUCCAGAACCACUUCUCGGUGGCCUUCGCCGUGCUGCGGUACUGCGCCGCCUCCGGGGGCCUGGAGAGCGUCGGGCAGGCGGAGCCGGAGCGGGAGCUCCACAUCGACCUGGAGUCGUACAGGAGCCAGCUGUUCGUGCGUCCGGCCGGCAGCCUGGAGGGCCGCUACGGGGCCUCCACCUCCUGCCUGGCGUGGAAGGAGCAGGUGCACCGCAGCCAGGAGGUGCGCUCGGUGCUGCAGUGCCCGGCGGCCGACGCCGGCCUGCUGCCGCUGGCCGUCGUCUCGCUGGCCGUCCCCGACGAGCUGCGGCACAUCGGCAGCCACGGGGGGCGGGACUGGGACCCGGCCUACGUGAUCCACCUCCACCCGCUGGCCGCGCUGCGCAACCUGCUGCCCUACACCGUCCGCUACAUGAUGGAGGUGGGCGUGGCCAUCCGGCUGAGCAGCUCCAGCCUCACGCGGGUCGUCACCUUCAGUCCGUUCUUCACGCUGGUCAACAGGUCGUCCUACGAGCUGGAGGUCGGCGAGGUCACCGGCCCGGCCGCCACCAGGUGGCACUACGUCUCCUCCUCCGAGUGUCUUCCUCUGUGGCCGGACGACAUCGCGGGGAAGUUGUGCGUCCGGGUGGUCGGAUCUGAAUCCACCUCCAAGUUCUUCUUCUUCAACCGGCAGGACAACGGCACCCUGCUGAGCCUCGCCCAGUGUGGGGGCCUCAUCGUAGACGUCAACAUGUCCGAUGUCUCCACCGCCGUCGGCUUCUCUGACUACUACGAGGGAGCAGCUCCGGCUCUGCUGCUCAACCACACGCCCUGGGUCAGCAUCGGCUACCGGCAGAGCGGCUCGGCGGCGGCUCGCGAGCUGAAGCCCGGCGAGGCUCGGCGGUUCUUGUGGGAUGACCCGGCCGGCGUCCGGAAGCUCAGCUGGAGCUGCGAGGAACACGGUGGAGAACUGGACCUGCUGAAGGAUGGCGUGGGCCAGUUCUCCUCCGGCAGCCUGGCUCAGGUGCACUGGGUCUCCUUCCUGGACGGGCGCCAGCGGGUGCUGCUGUUCACCGAGGACGUCGCCGUGGUGACGAAGGCCCGGCAGGCCGAGGAGCUGGAGCAGUUCCAACAGGAAGUCAAGGUGUCGCUGCAGAGCCUCGGGCUGUCGCUCGUCAACAACGCCAACCGGCAGGAGAUCGCUUACAUCGGCAUCACCAGCUCCGGCGUGGUGUGGGAGAUGAAGCCGAGGAGCCGCUGGAAGCCGCUGAGCCAGAAGAGCAUCAACCAGCUGGAGAAGACGUUCCAGGGGCAGCAGGCCGGCUGGGUCCGGCUGGAGGGCAACCUGGAGGUCAACCUGGACGCGGCCGUCAUGGCGAUGCGGCGCCCCUUCUGCUCGCCGCUCAGGAGGAACUUCCUGUCCGGGGUCCAGGUGGAGUUCAAACAGUCGCCGCACCAGCGCAGCCUGAGGGCCCAAGUGCACUGGCUGCAGGUGGACAACCAGCUGCCAGGCGCCAUCUUCCCCAUCGUCUUCCAUCCGGUUCCUCCUCCCAAAUCCAUCGCUCUGGACUCCGAGCCGAAGCCGUUCAUCGACGUGUCCGUCAUCACCAGGUUCAACCGGCACAGCAGCGUCAUGCAGUUCAAGUACUUCAUGGCUCUGGUUCAGGAGAUGGCGGUGAAGAUCGACCAGGGGUUCCUGGGGGCCACCUUGGCUCUGUUCAGUCCAGCUGCAGACCCCCAGGCCGACAAGCAGAAGGAGCAGCUGCUGGAUGGAGACCUCCAGCUGCUGCAGGCGGAGCUGAUGGAGGCCUCACUCAGCGACCAAUCAGGACUCAGCUUCUUCGAACAUUUCCACAUCUCGCCCAUCAAGCUCCAUCUCAGUCUGUCUCUGGGCUCCAGUGGCGAUGACUCCUCUCAGGAGACGGCGGCUCUUCAGUCUUUCAACCUGUUGCUGAAAAGUAUCGGUGCCACGCUGACGGACGUCGACGACCUCAUCUUCAAGCUGGCCUUCUUCGAGGUGAAGUACCAGUUCUACCGCAGAGAGAAGCUGAUGUGGGCCGUGGUGCGUCACUACAGCGAGCAGUUCCUCAAGCAGAUGUAUGUUCUGGUUCUGGGUCUGGACGUCCUCGGGAACCCUUUCGGACUGAUCCGAGGUCUGUCUGAGGGAGUGGAGGCCUUCUUCUACGAACCGUUCCAGGGAGCCGUUCAGGGUCCCGAGGAGUUCGCAGAGGGUUUUGUGAUCGGAGUCCGCAGCCUGCUGGGUCACACAGUCGGGGGCGCUGCAGGAAUGGUUUCCAGGAUCACGGGUUCGGUGGGAAAGGGUCUGGCAGCCAUCACCAUGGACAAAGAGUACCAACAGAAGCGCCGGGAGGAGAUGAACCGCCCCCCCAGAGACUUCGGCCAGAGUCUGGCUAAAGGAGGGAAAGGACUGCUGAAGGGGGUCUUGGGCGGAGUCACAGGCAUCGUCACCAAGCCGGUGGAGGGAGCGAAGAAGGAGGGAGCGCUGGGCUUCUUCAAGGGCAUCGGGAAAGGCUUGGUGGGCGUGGUCGCCCGGCCGACGGGCGGCAUCGUGGACAUGGCUAGCAGCACCUUCCAGGGCAUCCAGAGAGCGGUGGAGUCCUCACAGGAAGUGACCCAGCUGCGUCCGGUGCGUCUGAUCCAGGAGGACGGGGUCAUCCGACCUUAUGACCUCACGGAGUCGCAGGGCUUGGACCUUUUUCAGCGCUCGGGGCUCCAGCAGCUGGACGGGGAGGUCUUCAGGGCCCACCUCCAGUAUCCUGGACACAGGAAGACCACCAUCAUCGUCACCAACAGGAGGGUUCUGUGUGUCAAGGAGAUCGACUUCGUGGGUCAUUUCAGCCGCGAGUGGGAAUGUUUGUUUGAGAACUUCUCCAGACCUCCAACUGUGACGGGCAGCCAGCUGAGGCUCUACUGCAAGGAGCAGCAGAUGCUGAAGUUGAGUCAGGACUCUGUGAGGAACCUCGAGCUCCGAGACCCCAACUCUGCUCAGGUGGGUCCACCACCGAGGAGGAAGACCUCCAUGGGGGUCAGAGGAAGACCACCAUGGGGGUCAGAGGAGGAAGACCUCCAUGAGGGUCAGAGAACCUCCAUGGGGGUCAGAGGAGGAAGACCUCCAUGAGGGUCAGAGGAAGAC